AGGUUGCUAAGGAUUACAGAAUCGGCGAAAGUUGUUGGAAAAAUAGAGUUCAACAAGUGAUGUAUUUUUUGUCGCCUCGCCCGGUUACCGGUUACCGAAAGGAUGAAACAUGGGUUGACGUAACGGACAGGGAGUACACAUCGUCAAAAUCGAAAAAGACCAAUGAAUCAGAUCAAUGCAAAGAGAUCAUCGAGGUAUGAUUUAUUAAAAUACAAGGGGCGAAUUGGUUUCCAGUCGUCUAAUUAUGUUACGACUAGUGGAGCCCAAUGAAGCUAAACCAUGGCAGAGCUGUGCAAUUUGUAGCGACAAGAAAUUUUUCAGGACACCAAGAGAAUUUAGUUCUCAUCUGAGACAGUUGCACUGCACAAAAGAAGGAGGAUCGUUUGUUUGCCAUUACGGUAAAAAUGGCGUUUGCCCUUCCUUACCUGUUGAAGGUGUCAGCGACAAAGAUUACGAGGAUCAUGUAAGGAAGAAUCACACAAAACUGGAGGAGGCAGCCAAAAGACAGAGUGUUGACAAAGUUGCAUCUGAUAUCAGCCUAAUACCAAAGGUGUUCCUGAUGACCAAUUUUGCUUUGGAAGACCCAGAGAUCUUUAACAGUGUCCUUCCUUGGAGUAUGGUGACUCAAGAACCAGCUGAGAGUACAAGGGCUGUGCCGAGGAACUCAGCAAAGCUUCUUCAGGAAAAGUUGUCACACUAUUUGGACAUCACAGAAGUGAAUCUGGCUCAUCAGAUCUCACUAAGAUCAGAAGAUUUCUUCAGUGCAAUGGCAUCCCAAGAUCAGCUGCAGGAUCAUGUUGGAGGGACAGUCAGUGAGAUCAAACAUUUAAGAAUGAAGGUGCAAAAAGUUCAAGAGGUUUUGUGUUCAGGAUUCCUGAAUGUUCUCAGGCUUUCAUCUUUGAGAUCUAAAUAUCUCAGUGUGUUUGAAAAGCUGAAAAUGAUGGCCACAGUUCAUCAAACACAGCCAACAAUUCAGCUGCUGUUGUCGACAUCUGACUUUGUUGGUGCACUGGACUUGAUCAGCACUACUCAGGAAGUAUUGCAACAAGAACUUGCUGGCAUUCAAAGCUUUAGGAUAGGCUUGUGUCUGUAUUAUUUGGCCUUCUCCGGAAACACAAGCUGCACUUUCUUCACUUAUAUCGCGAUGAAGCAUAUGCUACAAUAAAGAGUACAGUUAGACAGACAGUACAAGAUAUCGUCUCAGACAGCAAAGAGAACGAAGAGGAAAGUCCGAGUAUAAUUGAUGCAAUGAGAGGCUUAGAUUUCCUGCAGUGGAUGAACAUGCUAAAGGAAGUGUUUAACGCCUCUCUAUGUGUCCUGCGAAGGAUGAAGGUGUUGCAUCAGAGCAUUGUACGAGUGUUGAUGAUAGCUGCUGGAGGUGUCACAACUCACUUCGAUCCAGAUGAUUUGGAAAGUUUUGGUAUUCCUGAAUCAGAUUUUCUUCAACCUGUCUGCAGUGGAGUGGACAUCUUGAUAAGCACAACUGAUUGUAAGAAACUGACGCAGGAAAGUAAGGAGCUGCUGUGUGCAGGUUGUGAAAUGGCACAGCUGCGUUGUGCGAAACUUAUUAAUGUGAGAGGAAAGGCUGGUUACCUGGACAGCUUAUCCUCAGCAGAGUUUGUCAGGCUGACACGUAUGGUGGAAGACUUUGUUAUGGACUGUGAGAAAAUAUGUGGACGUCAGAGCCAUAGUCUUAGGGCCACUCUUUUGUCACAAGCUAAAAAAUUUGUCGAAAGGUUCCACGAGGAACGCAAAAAUAAGUUAAGUUUGAUAUUAGAUAAUGAGAGAUGGAAGCAGGCUGAUGUACCCACAGAGCUCCAGUCUUUAGUGGACUCCUUAGUUGAUGGUGUUUACCCCCGGGGCAAGGAGCCAAAUUUUUCUAUAGGUCCUACGGCAACUAACGACAGCAAGCCAUCCCCAGUUUUAUUUGUAAAUGGGGAAAAAUUUGCCGUCGUUGGGACAGUGCUCUUAUUAGUGAACAUGUUAGUGGAUUACUGCCAGUGUGUGGAUGACACCCCGAUGCUGGUCACAGACAUUAUGAAUAAGUUGUUUGAAACUUUGAAGAUGUUCAACUCUAGAACAUGCCAGUUGGUUCUUGGAGCUGGAGCACUGCAGCUUGUUGGACUAAAGACGAUCACAGCCAAACAUCUAGCUCUUGCUGCCCGCUGUUUAGAAGUGGUUACAAUUCACAUUCCAGUCUUCAAAGCGCAUUUCGAGGAAAGGCUACCGCCAAAGCAGUACGUUUUACUAUCGCAGUUUGAUCAAAUUCUGAAGGAUUACAACAACCAUCGUCAAGAGUUGUUCAGCAAAAUCGUAAACCUGAUGGAAGAGCUCUUUAAAAAUAUUUUCUCCAAGUGGGAGGUCAAAGCUCCAAUGCCGUCUCAAGCCAUGCGCGGUGCGGUUAAGCAAAUCACAAAACUCCACGAGUCCGUGUCACUUGUUUUACCAGAAGCACAAGUUGAGGCCAUAUUCAGAGACAUCAAAAGAGCUUUCAAGGAAAGUUUGGCCCAUAAGUUAGACAAGUUGGGAGUCACGAAUGAUGGUGGUCCACAGCAUGGACUCGUCACGUCGGAUUUAGCUUUCUUCAAGGAAAGCCUAAAGAAUCUGAAUGGAAUGGGAGACGUUAACAGAAGCCUGGAAGACUUGUGGAGGACUGUGAACGAACUUAGAGCUAGUAGAGCUUCACCAGCAACUGGACGGAAAAUUGUCUCGCAAAGAUAGCAUAUGUGAUAUGUUUCGAAUUUAAUUCAUCGACCAAUACGUCAUUGUUCUUCCGUCAGUGCUCAAACAUUUCUAUUCGCUAAACGUUUUCGAAGCCGUGUUUUGUUUCUUCAGUUUUAAGAGGCAAUAUAUUGGCUGUUUUACUAUCAAAUGUAAAUUACAAUUCAGAAAGGCCAAACAUUUAUAGAAGAGUGUUUAUAAACGGGAUGAAAGUGAUGCUGUCAUUCGGUGAAGAAAUUUCUUGACCGGACAGGCACCACUAAAUACGUCUGUAUCUUUCAACUUUGUAUUUAAGUAAUUUUAUGAUUGAACAAUUACAGAGUGAUUAAAGAUACUUAGUUCUCUACGAGA